UGGGAGGCCGAGGCGGGCGGAUGACGAGAUCUGCCUUCUGGAGACUGCACCGUCCUCACGGGAGAGCCAGAAAGAGGACAUGGCUGCCGGGCAGCGGGAAGCGAGGCCCCAGGUGUCACUGACAUUCGAGGACGUGGCUGUGCUCUUUACCCGGGAUGAGUGGAGAAAGCUGGCUCCUUCUCAGAGAAACUUGUACCGGGAUGUGAUGCUGGAGAACUAUAGGAACCUGGUCUCACUGGGGCUCCCAUUUACCAAACCAAAAGUCAUCUCCCUGUUGCAGCAAGGAGAAGAUCCCUGGAAGGUGGAGAAAGACAGUUCUGGCGUCUCCUCUUUAGGUAAGUGGGUGGCCCGAGGUGCUCGGGAAUCGCCGCAGACAGGUCUGCUUAAUGAGAGGAG